CACCGCGAACACUGAACUGCUCAUCGACGACCCCUUCAGUGCACUCUUUCUGCCAGAGCAGGGCGAAUAUUCGUCUUACUAGGCCUUAAAGGGCAACACCCACAGUUCGCACAGAAUGCCCCGCUCUCGCUCGCCUCCCCCACGCCGCCGAGACUAUGAUCGAGGCAGAGACGACAGAGACUACCCACGGCGUGAAGACCGCGGGUAUUCACGUAGAGACGACCGAAGGGACGAUCGAAAAUACUCUCGAAGAGACGACCGCGACGACGAGGAUUCCAAGUACGGACCGCCGCGCGAAUACAGCGAGCGUGAUCGGGAACGGGAGCGCCAGCGGGACAGGGAUCGCUAUGAGCGCCGACGGGACGACGACAGAGGGAGGGGGGACACUAGCAGUAGACGGGGCUCGGAGAGAAGGUCAGCUUCCCCGCGGCGAGAGGGCUCGAAGUCCGUGCCGCCAGAAGACAAGGGAAAGCCGAAUUACGCGCCGUCGGGGUUGCUGGCGGCGGAGACGAACACAGUGAAGACUGCGGACGGCAACAGUACGCUCCUCAAGUACAAUGAACCCCCUGAAGCGCGCAAGCCGCUGCAGGGCUGGAGGCUGUACGUGUUCAAGGGUGACGAGCAAGUCGAACUACUCCAUAUCAAUCGCCAGAGCGCCUACUUGAUUGGCCGCGACCGGCUGGUCUGCGACAUCUACAUCGAGCACCCAUCCUGCUCAAAGCAGCACGCCGUCAUCCAGUACCGCCAGAUCAAAGAGAAGAAUGAGUUUGGCGAGGUCAAGGGGGUAAUCAAACCCUUCGUCAUAGACCUCGAGUCCACUAAUGGCACGCAGGUAAACGGGGAGAAGAUCCCAGAAUCGCGGUACUACGAGCUGAAGCUGAAUGACGUCAUAAAGUUUGGGACGUCCGCGCGGGAGUACGUCCUCCUGCACGACGAUGUAUCGUGACCGGUCCUUUAGGAUCCAAGCUCGGUCCUCCGCUAUCCCUAGCUCGCUGCAUUGACCUGUGUGAUAUCGAUGCCACAGGCGCGGGGAGAGAUCCUUGGAGACGAGUGGAAGGAUGCCUCGCGUAGGUGAAGAGGAGCGUCACGCCAGUAAAGAGAGGCCUCGUGCGCACCUCAUUUUUUCCAUAGGCUUUCCUGCCCGCGCGCCCGUGGGUGGCGAACAUUGUACCCGGCUUGCUUUGUUGUCUUCAAUCUAAUCACACCGGAGACCUCGAA